AUGGAUAAAGUAAAAGCUACCUGGAAAAUAAUAAAUGAAGAAUCAGGCUGUGAGGCUUGGACGCUAACCGUGAAAGAGGAGCAGAAGUUGCUGGUGACGAAACUCAAAAUACUGCGUAAAAUUCUGGGGCAGUCAAGGAGGGAGGACGUGUCAUGGAUAGGCUGUAAAAAUGACGAAAUAAAAGAAUUGGAAGCCCAGCCUAACAUUAUAGGACAAGGCGUGGGCCAAGAACGGGCUGUGAAGGAAGCCUACCUAGUGGUUGGAGACCAGGUCGGCCUAGAUACAGCAGGAUCGACUAAGUGGAUGAGGACCUGUUAUAGAAGCUAG